AGUUACGUUGGGAUUAACCGGCUUGUUAAUAUGGAUGAUGGUAAUGAUGGUAACAAGUAAGUCUGCAAGUGUGUCUCGGCCAGCCUGUGAAAAUCCAUCAGCUGAAACCUGCCUCCACGAGAUGUUGGAAGGACCCCCGGUAUGGGACGACCCUCAGCUCCUCCAGGUGAUCAAGGAAGAGUUCCUGAGGCCUCCUGUUCACGUGCAGGACAUUCCGCCGAUCCUGGAGGGCAUGGAGGUCGAAGUACUUGAGGCUGUGAAUAAGACGGUCGGCCCCGUGGACUUCUUGGUGGCUACGGUGGGCGUCAACCUCGAACUGGUGAAGGAAUUGUCCAAAAGAGCGACAGGAAUCUGGAUAGACCCUCGGCCGUGGCAGAAUCAAGCGCCAUCAGUCGUUUCGAACAUGUGGCAUACGCACGCUUGUCUGACGCCGAGUAUACCAUACGUGAAUACGAGGCAUGAGCAGUGCCUGAGCCUGGCAUCUCUCCUGACGGCGCUCGGCAGCCCCCGCGUUGACCUGGUGCUGGCCCCGGGCGUGAAGAUGAACACGGUGCUUCAUCCUAUGUGUGAUCUGUACCCUCAACGCCCCAAGGCAAUACUAUUUGGACGAAUUCUACAGCCCGACGAUAUUCCCGAAGAAUUCAGACACUGCACUAAGAGCCUCGUCCACGUAACCGGUCAAUAUUCUCUGAUACUUCUCCAUUCUGGCUCUCCAUCUACUUCUCGCCAGGAUUUGUGAAGCAAGUUUUCUCCAGGGCCGUUUGUUCACAUUCGUUUUGGUGGUGAAGAGCAUGUCAUGGAAAUCAGCUGUGAUUCUAUACCGAGUGCAGUGACCUUACGCAAUUUUAGAGGGGUGUUACGGACAUGUGUUAUUGAUAUUUGAACUUUGACCUUGCAAAGAUAAUUGAAA